GAGUAAACAUUGUAAGAAGAACGAAUGGGAUAAGUGGGAAAAGUAAUACACACGCGAGAUCAAAACAGAAAAUGAAAAAAUAUAUUAAAACAUUAAAUUCUUUAAUAAAAAGUGAAAAUAAAUAUAUAAAAAUAAAUAAAAAACAUAAAUGAAAUAAGUAAAAGUUUAUUAAAAUAAAAAUUAUGAAAAUAUAAUGGAUAAAAGUUUAAAAAUUUCAAAGAUAAAUAAAAACCCCUCGCGAACAACGCCAUAAAGUAAAGAUGACAAAAUAAAUAGUCCGUGUGAAAAAAUGAUAUAAAUGUUUAAUAUUAAAAAAAAAGAUAAUUUAUUAAGUCAUUCAACGGAUUAAUAGAAAUAAUUUUAAUAAUAAUUUUUUUUAUUUUUAAUUUUAAAGGAUAACAAAUUAAAAUGGCCGAUGCUUUAACCGAAAUUUUAAGGGCUGCCAGCAAACAUCCCAAUUCCCGCGUCUCCAAACUUAUACACACUGUCGAAGAGGAACCCAGUCAAAAGAAUAUUGUUUUACUUUUAAUUGAACUGGCCGAGCAUGCUGAAUAUUCUACCGAUUUUAAUGUAUCAUUAAAAUAUUAUUUGGAUUUAUUUGAACAUUUGGGCAUUAAUAGUGAUUUAGUCUUAAAUGAAGCUGGUCUUCUAUUGGUUAAUUCUUCCAAAAUCUAUUCAAAACGUGUGGAUUAUGUACAGAGUCUUGUGGAGAGACAGAUAUUAACUUUAUCUAAUGCCGAUGAUGAGUUACAGAAACAGAAAUUAGAACAAGAAGCCGCCGCCGAAAAUGUUGCGACACCCACCGAAAAACCCAAAAGAGGCCGUAAACGUGCCUUAGACGCUCCCAGUGAUCCAUAUGAAGUUGAGUUAAUACCGAAAAAAUUCAAAAAAUUAACAGAAGAAAAACGUUUUGCUGCACCGAAGACACCACAAAAAGCCAAAUCAGUUUUACGUAAUAUAGAAAUGGAACAGCAAAUACAUCCGGCUGGUUGGUUACAUGCCACUAUCUAUGAUUUGGAAAAUGAAGAAGAUGUCGAUACGAAAAGAAAUUACAAAUUAUUUACAUAUCAUGUAGAACAUCGUUAUAAUACACUCGUACCAGAUAUAAACUUUCGCUUACAUUUCAAAGUAAAAGAUUACAUCGAUGAACAAGAGGAAAUGGAAGCAGAUGAAGCCUGUAAUACAGAUCGUAGUUGGCCGCCUUUAUCGGAGGCAUAUGUACAGAAAUAUUUACGUUUAGAAAACUAUGUGCUGCAGCAGGAUUUAAAGGUUAACAAAAGAAAGGCAGCCGAAAUGGAGGAAGAUAAUGAUUUGGAUAAAAGCCAAGAUACAGAUGUUAUAAUUAAAGAUGAUAAUGACAAUAAAAAUGAAUCACAAUUAGAGCAAACCAUGCUUGAUUCUAGUACGGCUGAAACAGCAGCAGCAGAUACCACCAAAGAUAAUUUAGAUUCAACAAAUUUAAAUGGCAAAAAUGAUUCGGGUCUUGGUCAGAGCCUUCUAGAUGAGUCUGUACCCUUAGAUUCUACAAAUAUUGAAAAUCUAAAUGAUACAAAUAUAGCAGCUGAAUCUAAUAAAUCAUUAAAUGUUACCGAGACUAUACAAGAAAAUGAUUCUGCUUUGGGUACUAGUGUUCUCGAUCAAACUUGCAUUAUGGAAAAUAAUACAACAGGAAAUUUAGAUAACACAGCAAAUUCCGAAAAUCUAAAUGAAACAAAUGCAGAAGAGCCUAACAAAUCUUUAAAUAUUAACGAAAAUCAACAAGAAAAUGAUUCCGCUUUGGGUACUAGUGUCUUAGAUCAAACAGACAAUACGGAAAAUAAUACAACAAUAGAAGAAGGAAACUUGGAUACAACAACAAAUGUAGAAAAUAAAACAAAUGAAGAAGAGGCUAAUAAUUCGUUGAAUGCCACAGAAAAUGAAUCGGCUUUGAGUAAUAGUGUAUUGGAUCAAACAAAUAAUACAACUACAGCAACAGAAGGAAAUAUGGAUGAAACAACAGCAGAAACAAGUGGAAUUUUAGAAACAUCUAGUGGAGACAAUGAAGCUAAUGAAACCACAACAGAGAUGGAGAAAGAGGGAGAUAAAUCGACAAAUACUGCAGCACUUAUAGUACCAAUAGAAAAUCGAAAAGAUUCUGCUAUAAGUGACGAUAGACACCAUUCGAUAUCAACAGAAAACUUAGCAAUGUCAAUGGAAAACUUAAAUAAAAUAGAUGAUAAAACAUUACAAAUUGAUUUAGGCCACGAAAAGGAUAAAGACAACAACCAACUCCAAGUCCAACUUCCACACACCGAUGAUGAGGGUGUUUAUCUUUCCGACCAAGAAGACCACGAUUGUCGUAUGCUGUCUCCCAUUAUUAAUGCCACAAACAUACUGCCAGGUGUAGAAAGAAAAGAUAUAACCAUUUAUAUGGAUGAUGAAUUAAGACAAGCGCUGGAUAUGCGUGAUGGGAUAAUGGAACAUUUUAGUCAUGAAACCUACAAAGUGCCUGUGAUAACAGAACCAAAAAAACAAAAUUUAUUAUUUAAUAUUUUCAAAUUACCAGAAAAAUUGGUAAGAAGAAAAGUAAUAUUUAAAUUGGGACCCGAAAUGGAUUUAUAUUUACAAGCGCGCUCUUUAAAACGUUCCAGACCUGAACAACCAACACGCUCAACACGUGCACCACAACUUUUACAAUGGUUUUCUCUUAAUAAUACCGAUAUGACGGGAGUCUGUAUGUCACCACCAUAUAGUCCGGGACAUUGUUCAGAGUUUUAUGGUUUUUCCGAUAAUGAAGAUGAUGAUGAUGAUACCUUAAGUUGUGCUGAUUUUUGUGGCUUUACCGAAGAAGAACAAUCUACUUUAAUGAUUAAACAUACAUCACGUUUAAGUCGUGAUUCAGGAGUUGGUGUAGAUGUUAAUGCCUUAACACCGGAAAAAGAAACAUUGGAAAUUAUCUUUGAAGAUAGAGAAAUAUCAGCGAUUGAUAAUUGCAAAAAAGUUUUAAACUUAGAUCAAAUGCCCGAAAACUCAGAACAAUGUACGGAAGAUAUAUUAAAUCAACUGCCAGAGGAAAUAAGAGAUGUUCUAACUACAGAAUUGAAGGAAAAUAAUGAAACUACAAACGAUGAAAGUCAGAAAACUGAGACACAAGAAAGUUGUAGUCAAGCUACUGUUUCUAUAAAUAACACUGAAGAUACAGAAAAUGUGGCCACGGAAAGUAGUGUGGAAAAUUCGGAAAGUUUAAGCAGUGAAAAUCUUUCCACAAAUAAUACACAAGAAUCUGAUACGAAAUUAACAGAGUGUUCUACAGAAUCUUUACAAGAAAGUAGUGAAAAUACGGAAACUUUAGCAACUAGUGGGUCACAAGAAACGACAACUGAACAAACUGCGGAUGCAGCUACUGAGGCAACAACUAGCGAAUCUCAAGAUAAACUUACUGAUGUUCUAGUUGAGAGCGAAAUUCCUAAGGAAACUAAUGUUGCAUCAAAGUCUGAUGAUGAUGUUGAAAUAAAAGACAUCAUAAUAUCGAACUCAGAGGAAAGCCACAAAAGUGCUGAAGAAUUGUUAAAGGAAAAACUAGAUGCUGCCAAUUCUAUGGAAGAUAGAGAUAACUUUGACCAUCAACUAGAUAUUACGGAAGAUUGUGAUUCCGAUAAAGACGAUGAAAUGUUGGAUUUGGAUACUCAGGGAACUAAAACUAAAAUCCAACAAUGGCACGAACAUUUACAACCGAUUCUUGCCAAAUCUAGAGAACGUCAUCAUUUUGAUGUUUUCAAAUUGGGCACCGAAAUUAUCCAGACAGUACAAAGUACAAAAUCUGCCCACGACGACAAGGAGGAAACUUUAAAUGAUAUCAAAUCUAAACACCCGGUUGCCUCUUUUCAAGAUAUAAUGGAUAAUAAAGAUACUUCCUAUGUAUCUAGAUAUUUUCUUUCCACUUUACUGUUGGCAAAUCAAAGUAAUAUAGAAAUUUCUAUAGAAAAUAAAUCUUCAGAAAAACCUUCUUCAUGGCAGGAUAUACAAUUAAAACUAUUAAGUACAAAACGCCAUACGGUAGCUAUAGAGGAUAAUAUUGGUAUGAUUGAUAAUAAACAAAAUACAAAAACCGUACAGGAGAAAAUGACAAAAGCCUUAGAUGAGGAAGAAGAUGAGCCCUUGAUAAAGCUACAAAAUAGUAAAAAAUCUCCUAAGAAAACGAAAACAUCUUUAAAACGCGCAAGUGAUAAUAACACAACUGCUAAUAUAGCCCUAAAGAAGCCUAAAGAAAUAACACAUAGCCGACACAAUGAGUUGCCCAACCUGAUUGAAAGUGUACAAAUUAUAAAAAGUCCACAAGUAAAAGAACUAAAUCUAUUGCCCAGCACCAGUCGCCAGGCACAGCUAUUAAAUACAUCCACAUUUAAGGUCAACAUCAAUAAUGUACGGACACUACAACCCAUCGAAAAGGUACAACAAACAAGUGAUGAUUAUGAUUCUGGCAUUUUUUCAGUAGAUGAAAUGUCCACAUCAUGACGAAGAUAAUGACUUUUAAUCUUAAUGUGUAUGUUGUUAAUUUAGUUAAGUGUCUUUAUUGUGAUGUGACUGUCUGUCUGUUUAGUGGUAUAUACGUUAAAACGUAUGUGUUUUUUGCGACUGUGUACAAAAUGAAUUUAAUUCAUCUUUAAUAUUAGAAAAAUAACAAGAAAAUGUUCAAUUUAUAGAGGUUUUUGGUUAGGAUUUUCUUUUUUAUAAAUUUGUUUUGCAAUAUUUUAUGUUUUAAUUGUUUUAAGUACUAAUUUUAAGGUGUUUUUAUUAAGAUAAUUUUAUUAAGAGUAGUUUAAGAUUUUAGUAUAUAUACUUAAAUUAAAAAAAAAAUACACUUUUAUGUUUUAGUUUUAUUAUUAUUUGUGCUUGUCUAACAUUACGUUUUAUUUUAACUAAUUAUUUGAUAAGGACUAUAAUUACGUGUUCCAGUUUUUACGGAAUACAUAUCAUAAGUUUUAGAAGAGAAAAAAAAAUAAACACUUUUACACCCAAACACAAUUUUAAUAUUAAAAUGCUAAAAAAUAGUUUCCAGGAAAGUUUAUUCCAUAGAAA